UUUUACUGUAUACAUCAGUUUUAGCAUUGAUUAUAAAUAGUAUUGAUAAGUAUUAAUAGUACUAAUGUUGUAUAUAUUUUAAAUUCUGAGUGAAUAAUGAAUUUUGGUAUUUAUUUUACAAUGUGUUUUUUUUUCUGUUUUAUAGUAGAAAAAAUGCUUCGAUUUUCAAUGUCAGCAUCUUUUCUGUUACAAAAGUAAAUCUAUAGGUACAGUUAGUAUCUUAGACUUUAGACGAGUCAAGAGUAAAAAUUGAAUAGUAUCGAGGGGUUGAAUUUCCAAAAAUCCUUUCUCAGGGGACGCCUAUUAGGAAAACAAAUUAACACGAGGAGCUCUUACUGUUGUCAUGGGUUACCCCACCAGGCCGGAGUAGGAUAAACAUUGUUCAUUCUAUUAUAAUUCUAUUAUUUUCUUUUAUAGUUCUAUUAUAAAAUGUGAAUAAUUUAUUCUACUAUUAUUUGUGUCUGUUCACUUUUUGGCUCUUGCGUUUUAGUAUUUGGUGUCAUAAAUAGUUUCCAAGUUUUUAAUUAAAAUGGCGUUUACUAUUGGAGAAAUAUUUACGUUUGCCAAUUGUUCUAUUAACUCACAAAAUGUUGUAGAAGGAGAGCAAGUUUUAAAAAGUAAACAAAUAAUAUUGUGUGGAAAAAUUGUUAAGGUAUAUUACUUAUAUAUUAUUAUAUUUAAACAAAUCAUAGCAGGCGCGUACUGGGUCCAUUUUCCCUACCGGGAAACUGAGUAUAAUUAGGGCCCACUUACUAUACUUACUAAUAGCAAUGGGUCCCAUGUACAAAUUGUAUAAUAUGAUCAAACCUAGUAGGUACAGAAGUACUUACACAGUUACACCAACAUUUUCAUUACCAGUAACUAAAACUAAAUUCUUAUUUGUCCUUUAUGUAAUUUUAAUUUCACUGAAUCUACAGGUACCUAUUUGGUAGGGGGCCCAGGUCUUAUAAUUUUUAAGAGGGCCUACCGGGAUUUUCCCGGUAUCCCGGUGGGCCAGUACGCGCCUGAAUCAUAGUAUGUAAUACUUGUAAACAAUAAAUCAUUAAUUAAUAAACAAUAUCUUAUAUGCAUUUAACUUUCAAAUUUAUAAAGUUUAUAAAACAGUUUGCUUUUAAUUAGGAAAAUGAAAUACAAAUUAAAGCAUUAGUCAUACAAAGUUCUCAUAUAAGAGAAAUGCCGCAUGAAAUAACAGGCAACAUAUCUACAGUGCCUUUGCUUAAAAUUGUAAUAUUUGCUUGUACAUGUGCCGCUGGACUUUCAGAAUUUUGUAAACAUAUUGCUGCUAUUCUUUUGCUUUUAAAUAGAAAUUCUUUGGAUGAAAUAGACACACUUUCUUCUACUGAUAUUAGAUGCCAAUGGACAAAAUUAAGAGAACCAUCACUGGAAAAAUUUAAACCAGUUCCCAUUUCCAAAUUUUGUUGUGUUGGAAAUAGUAUUGAUUGUACAUUAUCGCAAUCUAAAACAUCUAUAAGAUCAGCACUUAUUUCAGCUGCACCUUAUUCUGCCAUAGCACUGCAUUCAAAAGGAAGAAAAUCAUUCUAAUUAAGUAGUGAUGUUUCCUCAGCUGAAAUUCAUGAUGAACCUUUUCAAAUUAUAAGCAAUCA